ACCAUUGCAAACCCUACCCAUUGCAAUCCACUGCGCGGGCUUAGGGCUAUGGUGCCGGUAUAAAAUGAGUUCCGGGCGGGAUAACUUCUUUACAAUAUACUUUUACCCAAAUUUAUUCACCCAAAAAAAAAUAAUAAUAAUAAUAAUGGGCAAGUAUAUAGCGUAGACCAACGGUUUUUCGACAAUUCAGUUACGGAGAAUGCUUCUCGAAAAAACGAAUCCCAAGAAGGUAACAUGCCUCUCAAACUCGAUCGUCUUGCGCAAUCUUCUUCUUCCUUUGAUACAGUCCAACAUAUUUCCCCCCUCACUGGCUCGAACUGUAACUGUAUCGACCCCACAUUCUCAAUCAUAUCAGCAAAUUUUCUCUUUGGACUCUGCAGCCUAUACAAAGCUGGUUCAAAUCUCUACGAAACCUGGAUCUUUAGUCUAUGGAAAACUUGCUCAUGCCCAGAUGAUAAAAACAGCUUUCAAUCCCUGCCUCUUCUUGCUUAACAAUCUUCUCAACAUGUAUAGCAAAUGUGGGGAAAUGGGUAUUGCUCAUAAACUGUUUGAUAGAAUGUCUGAACGAAAUGUGAUUUCUUAUAAUCUUUUGAUUUCUGGGUAUGCCGAGAUGGGUUCUAGUGAGAAGGCUAUAGGGCUUUUUAGUGAAGCUAGAAUGGCUUGUUUAAAGCUUGAUAAGUUUAGUUAUGCAGGUGCGCUAAGGGCUUGUGGUCAAAGGGGGGACCUUGGAUUGGGUAAAGUGAUUCAUGGGAUGGCUAUUGUUAGUGGGUUAGGGAAACAAGUGUUUUUUACCAAUUUAUUUAUUGACAUGUAUUGCAAAUGUGGAAGUAUUAAUCAUGCGUGGCUUUUGUUUGAGUUUUCUGAUAAGUUGGAUAAGAUUUCUUGGAAUUCUAUGAUUGCUGGGCAUGUCAGAAUUGGUGCAUAUGAGGAAAUGUUGGAAAUGUUAAUAAAAAUGCAUCAAACUGGAUUGAGCUUGAGCACUUUUACACUUGGCAGUGCCUUAAAAGCGUGUAGUUCAAAUCUUAUUAAUAUGAUAGAACAAGGUAAAACACUUCAUGGAUACACGAUUAAACUUGGGCUAGAUUUGGAUGUUGUUGUUGGGACUGCAUUGCUCGAUAUGUAUGCAAAAAAUGGGUAUUUAGAUGAUGCAAUUCAAAUAUUUAGAAUGAUUCGUAACCCAAAUGUUGUCAUGUAUAAUGCCAUGAUUGCUGGAUUCAACCAAAUUGAGGCUAUCAGUGAAGAAUUUACAAAUGAGGCAUUUAAUCUUUUCUCUCAAAUGCAAAGGCAGGGAAUAAGACCGUCAAACUUUACAUUCUCAAGCAUUGUCAAAAUUUGCAACCGCAUUGAAGCAUUCGACUAUGGAAAACAAAUUCAUGCACAGAUCUGCAAGAACAACAUUCAAUCUGAUGAGUUCAUUGGAAGCACGCUUAUUGAGUUGUACUCCUUGUUGGGUUCAACUGAGGAUCAGUUGAAAUGUUUUAAUUCGACUCAGAAGCUAGAUAUUGUCUCAUGGACUUCCAUGAUUGCUGGUUAUGCUAAAAACAGAAACUUUGGAAGUGCAUUAGCUCUGUUUUAUGAACUACUUGCAUCUGGUAAGAAACCUGAUGAGUUCAUAAUGUCAAAUAUGUUGGGUGCUUGUGCAGAUUUGGCAGCAGAAAGAUCUGGAGAGCAGGUCCAGGGAUAUGCAAUAAAGACUGGCAUUGGGCUCUUUCCUAUUGUUCAAAACUCUCAGAUUUCCAUGUAUGCAAAGUCCGGCAACAUACACUCUGCUAGGAUAACAUUUCAAGAGAUAAAAAAUCCUGAUGUAGUGUCCUGGUCUGUGAUGGUCUGUAGCAGUGCACAACAUGGGCAUGCAGAGGACGCCUUGACCUCUUUUGAGUUGAUGAAGACUUAUGGAUUUCACCCAAACCAUAUUACUUUUCUUGGAGUUCUAACUGCUUGUAGCCAUGGAGGGUUUGUUGAAGAAGGACUGAGAUACUAUGAAAGCAUGAAGAAAGAUCAUGGCAUUGAAACUAAUGUAAAGCAUUGUGCCUGUGUUGUUGACCUUCUCGGCCGUUCAGGAAGGCUGGUGGAUGCUGAAAAUUUCAUUUUGAACUCAGGUUUUAAAGAUAAUCCAGUGAUGUGGCGAACCCUGUUGAGUGCUUGCAGGGUGUAUAAGGACACUGUUACAGGGAAACGUGCUGCAGAGAAAGUAAUUGAGCUUGAACCUCAAGAUUCUUCAUCUUAUGUUCUUCUUUACAACAUUUAUUCAGAUGCUGGGAUUGAAUUACCCGCCAUGAAAAUCAGAGAACUAAUGAAUGAUCGAAGAGUUAAGAAGGAACCUGGUCAGAGUUGGAUUUAGGUAGGACACGGGGUUCAUUCUUUUUCCGUGGGUGAUAUCUCUCACCCAAUAAGCCAAACAAUUUAUAGAACAUUAGGAGAAAUGUUAUAGAAGAUAAGGAAAAUAGGUUAUGUGGAUCAGAAACUUGUUUGCAGUUCCUUUGAAGCAGAUGUCAAGGGCAUCUACAUGGUGAAUCACUGCAGUGAAAAGCUAGCUGUAACUUUUGGUAUUAUCAGUUUGCCACCAUCAGCUCCUGUGGAAGUGAUGAAAAAUCUGAGAGUCUGCCAUGACAGUCAUAUAACAAUGAAGCUCUUCCCAAAAAUGGAAAAUAUAGAAAAAAUUCUCAGAGAUCCACUUCGUUUCCAUCAUUUUAGAGACAGUUCUUGUUCUUGUAAUGAUUACUGGUAAUCACAGGGCAGUCACUCCUCUGAAUGAUUCUAGAAAUUAUUCUUAUGCUACAAAAUGAUGAGCAAGGUGGAAUCCUACACUUACCAGAAUUGGAAUCCAUUGUUGAACAUUGGCUUGGGAAGCGAUCUAGUUGAAGCUGAAUGUGGAACUGAGGAAAGUCAUUGGAAAUGAAAUGCCUAAUCAAAAAUCCAUGUUGCUUCAAAUUGAUAGGAAGAUCACAACUGGUUUAGUACCAUUCACCUAGUUAAUUUUCAAUUUGCAGAAAGCCUGGUACAUCUUGAACCCUUUGCUGACUAUCAGCAAAGAAUUGCUGAUUGUCCCAUUUGAACAAGUUCAGUUCCUUGCCUUUUUGGACAUUGCACUGGUGUAUAUAUUUCAAAAGCGUGACGAAGUAGGGAAGAUCACAUCUUGAGGUACAAUUUAGAAGUAUUUCAAGCACGUUGUCUUUCUGAGGCUGUGCUGGAAGGCUUUCCAAGUAGAACCAGUAAUCUGUUGGCGUUUCUGAUGCUUGCAGAUUUUUGAGCAAUCAUUUUGCUAUUGGAAGACUUUGAUGCUACCAGAAAGUUGCAAAAGUAUUCAGGACAAAUAUCAAGUAUGAAUUGAUUCCCGAUGAAUCUGAUAGGAAAGCGAGCUUCAAAAAACGGAGGGUUGGUUUUCUAAAGAAGCUGAAAGAACUCAGUACUCUUUGUGGGGUUGUUGCAUGCGCAAUCAUUUUCAGUGAUUAUAAUUCCUCUCCAGAUGUUUGGCCUUCUCCCUCCGAAGCAACAUUGGUGCUCGAAAAAUUCAAGAAUUUGCCUCCAAAUAAAAAAGGCAAGUACAUGAUGGACCAGGAAACUUUUCUUAAGAAAAGCAUAGCCAAGCUGAAGCACAAAUUGGAGAAA